CGACGAUCGGGUGGUGCAGAUCGAGCACUUGGACGGCAUCUGUGAGCUGAUCAUCAACAAGCCGACCGUCAAUGACAACGGAAUCUAUGUCUGCAGUGCCCAGAACAAAUUGGGCAGUCAGUCGACCACCCACACGGUCGUCGUCGACACACACUCAUCGCGUCGAUCGAGUAUUCUCUCCACUUUGGCCAUGCAGGACGGUGCAAAGGAGGGCGAAGCCGUGGAGGGUGGUGGCAAGGCCAAGAGCAGGCCGAAGAAGAAGAAGGACGAUGAGGAGGGCCGGCGGCGGUGGCGGCGGGGAUGGUGGCUACGAGCGACGCAGCCGCAUGCCGGACCCUUCGCCCAAGCAAAUGCUCUACUUCACGGUCAAUCUGUCCAAUCGGUAUGUUGCCGAGGGCUCCAAGGUCAAGUUGCAGGCUGUAAUUGGAGGUCCGGAGCCGACACUCAAAUGGCAGAAGGACGACCAGAAUGUCUCCUACGGACCGCGCAUUCGCAACAUGAAUCGUGAUGGCCUGGCGGUCCUGGAGUUUGUCAACGCCUCAACAGAGGACUCUGGCACCUACACGAUCACUGCCCAAAACGAGCACUGCAAGAUCACAACCUCGGCCGUGCUGCAUGUCUACGAGGCGAAGGUCAACACCGAUGUCCAGCCCGUGUUCAUACGUUCGCUAAAAGACACCUAUCAUCUGAACACCAAUGAGCUGAUUCUGGAGACGGCGGUGCGAGGCCAGCCCACACCGGAGGUGCAGUGGUUUAAGGACAGCAUUGAGAUCCAAAGCGGCGGUCGCUUCCAGCUUAUCGAGCAUCAGGAUGGCUCCUGCGAGCUCCACAUCGAUCGUCCGGACAACAAGGACUCGGGCAAAUAUGUCGUUAAGGCCGAAAGUCGGGCCGGCAAAAUGGAGAUCUCGCAUUACGUUUUGUUCGAGGGCAUGGCUCAUCAUAUUGCGGACAACAUCCAUGGCGUGUUCCAUGCCGACAAGAAUCUUCUGCGUGCCAAGGAGGAGAAGGAGAAGCCCUCGGAGGACUGGAGGAAGCCAACUCCAGCGGCGGCCGCACCCGAGUCUGAGGCUGAGGCCGAGGAGGGCAAGGGCAAGCGACGUGGCCGCAAGGCGGACGAUGAUGAGGGAGUUUCAUCGGCCUAUGCCUCCGACUAUGCCUCGGACUCGGGCAGUAUUUCGAGCAAGCGGCGCGAGAAGAACAUCGUAAUCCACUUCAGCACCUCCAUGAGGGAUCGCGUUGUGGCCGAGGGAUCCAAGGUGAAGAUAUCCUGUUUCCUGGACGCCAAGGAGCCACAAGUCAAGUGGUUCAAAGACGGAGAGCAAUUGGUGAAUGGACCCAAGAUCAGGGGCCGCUAUAGCGAGGGCCUGUGCCUUCUGGAAAUCACGAGCGCCACGGCGGAGGACAAUGGCGAGUACAAGUGCUGGGGACGCGAUGAAACCGGCGAAGCGUCCACCUCGUGCCGCCUGGAGGUCUUCGAGGAUCCGGGCACCGGCGACGUUCCGCCCACAUUCACGCGCAACAUCAAGGACACGCUGCACGGCAAGAUCAACGAACUGCAGCUGGACGUACAUGUGCGCGGUCUGCCCACGCCCUCGGUCACAUGGGUGAAGGAUGGCGUGAAGAUCGAGAACAGCGACAAGUACCAGCAGGUGGACCACGAUGAUGGCACCUGCGAGCUCUUCAUCAGUAGCCCGAAGCCCUCGGACAGCGGCAAGUACGUUUGCCAGGCCGAGAACCGCGAGGGCAAGACGGAAAUCGUUCACAUGGUCACCGUGGAGAAGCGUGUGAGGGCUCCACGCAUUUCGCCGCCCAGGGAGGGCAGGCCGCCCCGUCCUGCUGGCGAGGGCGAGGAGCCAGCCGCCGGCGAGGAGGGAGAAGUUGGAGCCGACGGUGAGCCGAGACGCAGGAAGCCCAAGCCCGACGAAGAGGAGGUGACAAGCUCGAGGCGCGAAGUACCCAUGCCACCAGAUCUAAGAAAGCGUCUCUACUUCCGCAACUACCUCUCAAACCGCACCGUCAAGUCGGGCAGUAACGUCAAGUGGAUGGUGAACAUCGACGGACCGGAGCCAAGUGCCAAGUGGUUCCACGGCGAUCAGCCGAUUGCCUUCGGCCCCAAGAGCAAGAUGUCCAUGCAGGACGGCAUUGCCUGGCUGAAUCUGGUGGGUGUGACCGAGGAGGAUGCCGGCGAGUAUACGCUGAGGGUGAGGGGAUCUGACAACGAAAUCGUGAGCACUUGCAACCUGUUCGUUUACAGCACGGGAAAAGAAGAGAUAAUCCCACCCACCUUUGUGGUGGGCAUCAAAGACACAUAUUCUCUCAACGAGAAUGAGUUAGUUCUGGAUUGUCGCGUACGUGGCCAGCCUCGCCCCGAUAUUACGUGGAUGAAGGGGAACGAGAUCCUUAGCAGCGAUGAGAAGUACCAGAUAACCGAUCAGGCCGAUGGGUAUGCCAAGCUGGUCAUUGUCAACCCCACCGAGAAGGACUCUGGCGUCUACUCGUGCGUGGCCCGCAACGAGGGUGCCGAGAACAAGAUGUCUCAUCAAGUGGACUUUAAGGGACGUGAACGGUACACACAGGAGAAGACGUCCGGCUUCUACCAUCGUGACCCCAAUAAGCCGCACUUCCUCACGCCGCUCGGCAAUCAGACCGUCUGCGAUGGUGGUACUGUAGCCAUUUCGGCCGAGUUCAUGCAGACAACCACGCCCCUCGAGGUGAAAUGGUUGCGAGACCGCCAGGUCGUCGAAGGUCCCAAUGUCCAGGCCCUGGCCGAUCGCGGUGUCUACACGCUGACCAUCAUGAAAGCCACGUCAGAGGUUGAGGGCACCUACACCUGCCGCGCCUCGAACGCCUACGGACGGAUCGAGUCGCAUGCCAAUGUCGAUGUGGCUGUUGGUGCCGAAAAGGACGAACGGCCACCGCUGUUCCUGUCUCGCCCAGAUACCGAAAUGAAGAUCGCUGUGGGUGAUCCCUUCUCGUUUGCGUUCCGUAUUGCCGGCGAACCGAAACCAAAGCUCACGUUCAUGAAGGGCACCAAGGACAUCACCCAAUCGGAUCGGGUCAGCAAAGAGGUAUCCGAUGACUAUACCAGAUUCACAGUGCAGCAGGCCCAAAUCUCCGACUCGGGCACCUAUUUCGUUGUGGCACGUAACAACUUUGGCACGGACAGGAUAUUUGUUACCGUCACGGUAAACCCGCGCGCUCGCUCCACAACGCCAACGCAACCUCGCUGGGGCCUACCCCUGGACAGUUACAGCGACACAUCGUAUUUCAGAGAUCCCCCUGGCUGCAUAUCCACCGAACCUCUGGUCGUCGACUCCGGACCCACACACAUCUCCCUGUCAUGGGGCAAGCCCGUGAGUGCCAACUCGGCUCCAGUCAUUGCCUACAAGGUGGAGGCCUGGAUUUUGGGCCACGAGGGCGGCGCCUACUGGCGAGAGCUGGGACUGACGCCGAUCAACUCUUUCGACGCCUUCAAUCUAAAGCCCAAUGUGGAGUACCACUUCCGGGUCACGCCAAAGAAUCGCUACGGCUGGGGCCCGGCCGUCCAGACGAGCUCCGCUCUGCAGGUGGGUGGCGUCGAGUGCCUACCCGAGUUCGUCAAGAUCCUGCCCGGCCAGGUUAAGGCCCUGUUUGGCUCUUCCUUCACUCUCCAGUGCAACAUGCGAGGCGCCCCACGUCCCACAGUGACUUGGUACAAGGAUGGUAUUCAGCUGAGCAGCAGUUCUGAGCGCGUAAGGAUACGACAGAUUGGCUCUACCUGCGCCCUGACCAUAGCCACGGUCAGCGAUCUGGACUCUGGCCGGUACACCUGCGAGGCGACCAACUCCAAGGGCCGUGUCUCCACCUUUGCACGGCUUCAAGUUGUGUCCGACUCGCGGCUGUACGAGGCGGACUCCCGCCUGAAGGAAAUCGCCCAUGGACGUAAUGUGGCUGAGGUGGGGGAUUCGUUGCCAAUCUUCACCAUGCGUCUGCGGGAUCGCCGCGUCCAGGUGACCUAUCCAGUGCGUCUCACCUGCCAGAUUGUAGGGUAUCCCGUGCCGGAAAUUCUAUGGUACAAGGAUGAGGAGCUGAUCAACGCUGACAGGCGACACCUGAUCACAGCCGAUGGGCAGUUCUUUACUCUAGAGAUUGCUGCCACAACGCUGGACAUGAGCGGCAUCUACACCUGCCUGGCCAAAAACGAACUGGGCUCCGUUUCGUGCCACUGCAAUUUGGUAGUGGAUAAAGGCAUUCGUGCCUACAUCUCGCCUGACUUCUAUGUGCCUCUCGAUCCGUUCUAUGUGUUCCCCGAGGGCUCUGAAAUACGCCUGUCCACAAAGGUGGAGGCCUACCCAGCCGUAGGUGUCACCUGGCAUCGUAAUGGCAUGCGCCUGCGCCCCAGUCGACGUCUGACCGCCACCCUGGACAGCAAUGGAUACGUUGAGCUAAUCAUUGCCGAGGCCACUGUGCGGGAUGCCGGAAUCUAUGUGUGCGUGGCCUCCAAUGUGGUCGGCAAGGUGGAGACCAUUUGCCGCGUGGCUAUCGAGGAGGAGGAGCACAAAAUGGUGCCGCAGCGUUCACUGGAAAUACCCAGCAUCAAGACGGACGAUCUGCCUUACUCCAAGGAACCCCUGUUUGUGGUCAAGCCUCGUUCCAGCGAGGCCUACGAGGGCGACAACGUCAUCAUAUUCUGCGAGGUAGUUGGCGAUCCCAAGCCCGAGGUGGUUUGGCUGCGUGAUUUUCUGAAUCCGGAGUAUUAUAAAGACGCGCCACAUUUUCGUAGGAUUGGCGAGGGCCCAGAGUACAGACUGGAGAUACCGAGCGCCAAGUUGGACUUUACCGGCACCUAUUCCGUCAUAGCCAGCAAUUGCCAUGGCGAGGCCAAGGCUGUAAUAUCGCUACAAAUAUUUGCCAAAGAUAUACUUAAAGAUAGCCGCAUGGAUAAGGUUCACACGCGACAUGGCAACAUCGAGACACUUCCGCGAUUCGUCCGAAACUUGAGAAAUUUGCGAUGCUGCGAUGGCGACGCCAUAUCGCUGGAGUGUCAUGUGGAGGCCAUGCCCGAACCGUACAUAAUCUGGGAGAAGGAUGGUCAUGUUGUGCCCAGUGACAGGGACUAUGUGAUGUCAUAUGACGGCACAAAGGCCAUUUUGAGCAUACCCCGCGUCUAUCCCGAAGAUGAGGGCGAGUACACAUGCGUGGCAAAGAACUCCGUGGGACGUACGCUUUCGUCUGCUUGCAUUAUCGUGGAUGUGCCCGAGGAGAAGGAGAACAUGCUGAGUCGCCAGCUAACGCGGCCAAGCGGCCUGCUCUCUGCCCACUCGACGCCACGCUCCACUCCGCGGUCGACCCCCAAUCGAAGCUUCUCGCCCAUGCGUCGACUCUCGUACCGCACCAGCAGCAUCGAUCUGUCUGGAGUGGCGGAGCGGCGCCGUAGCGAUGCCCGUAAUGCCUUUACAGCUCCCAAAUUCCUUGCCAUUCCCUACAACCGCGUUGUCGAGGAGGGUGACAACGUCCGAUUCCAGUGCGCCAUUGGAGGCCAUCCCACACCCUGGGCCACCUGGGACAAGGACGGGCUGAUUGUCACACCCACCACGCGCAUAGCUGUGAAGGAAGUGGACGAUCUGCGCUUCAUCGAGAUCGAUGAGGUGAGCUUCGACGAUGCGGGCCUGUACCGCAUCACCCUGGAGAACGAUUUUGGGCGCAUUGAGGCCACCGCUCGGCUGGACGUCAUCCGAAGCUCACGCUAUUCCAAGUCCCCUUCAGUGCGCAGUGUUCGGGCCUCCUCCUCCCGCCGCAAUGCCUAUCUACAUAGACGAAUCAUGGGUCCAUCGACAGCUAUUGGCGGACGCAUGGCUCUGGCAAGCGGCUAUCGAGGCUCCUCAGUGCCGUCGGUGAGAUUCUACCACAACAACGUGGAGCUGGAGCCCACGGAUCGAGUGCACAUUCUGCUGCAGCCGGAGGACUCAAUGGCCAUGCUCAUCGUGGACAAUGUGACGCGAGAGGACGAGGGCGUCUACACCUGCAUCAUAAGCGGCGAUCAUGAUCCGCUCAUUAGUUCCACGAGCGUUACCUUCCACGAACCCAAUACUGAACAACAGCGACGUCGCGCUGUCAUUGCGGAACCUCUGGCCGAGAUCACCAAAGCGGUGGAGGGCGAGGCAAUCGAUCUGUGUUGCCUUAUCGACUGCGACCAGCCUUACAGCUACCUUUGGCUACGUAAUGGGGAAAUUCUACCAGAUAGUGACGAGUUUAACUACAUUGAUCACGGCAAUGGAUGCCUCUGUCUGCGCCUCAACGAACCAUUCGACAUUGACUCGGGCACUUACAGCUGUCAGGUGUUUACCUCUUCCUCAUCGCCCGAAAGCAAUGACAUCCUCCUUCAGAACUCCAACCCAGCCUCAGCCUCAGCCCCGGACAGCGACUGUGACUGCAGCAGCAGCGGGGAGCUAUGCGUUUUAGAGCGGGAUCUGUCCCAAAACGACGAGGAGUGCAUACAACUAUUGAAGACACCGCUGCCCGUGGUCUGUGGAGCGGGAGAGGAGGCGCUUUUCUAUGCGCGUGUUUUUCCCUGCAAAGCGGAAGCUGUCUGGUAUCUCAAUGGAAAGCCGCUCGCCGACGAGGCGGAUGACUCACUGAACAUGACGUUGGAGUCGUAUCCAGAGAACGGCAUUCGGGUGCUGCGCCUGCGAGACGUACAGCCCUCCAAGAGCGGGGAGAUUCGGCUGCAAGUAAAGCAUCCACAGACGGAGCGGCGCAUACCCACUGCCCGGACAUAUACCAGUCUGCUGGUCUUGCCCCUUGUACGGGGCAACAGUAGUAGCAGCAACGGAUCCUCGUCGCUGGCUGCCAGAAGCUGCAUUUUGACACGCCCCGAAGAUUGCACCGCCCUCAUUGGCGGUCAUGUGCGGCUGAGCGUGCGCUACGACCCAUUCCCGGGCACCAAAGUCAUCUGGUACAAGGCGUGCCGUGCCAUUGUCGAGGGUUCCAAUGUGACGAUCCGUACGAGCGCUCAACAGUCGACGCUCUACAUAACGGACAUCUCGGCCGAUGACAGCGGCAAGUACACGGUAGAAAUAAUGAAUGACUACGGCGUGGAGGCAGCGGCCGCCUCGGUGGCCGUUGAGGGACCACCAGAGCCACCCAGCGGACAGCCGAGUGUAUCCCCCGGUCCAGAUCGCAUGGCGGUGGCAUGGUGUGGACCGCCUUACGAUGGCGGCUGCAUGAUUACGGGCUUCAUCAUUGAAAUGCAGAGCUGCGAUCCUGUGAACUGUGAUAAGGAAUACGAUGAAUGGCAGCAGGUGGCACGUGUUGUGGACACCCUGGCCUACACCGUCAAGAAUCUUCAACCCCAAAUGCAGUAUAGAUUUCGCGUGCGAGCCGAGAACAUACACGGACGCAGUGCGCCCAGCCAGGCUAGCGAACUGGUACAGAUGAGCAGCAGCCAGUACGGAGCCAGAGCGGGAGAGACGACCACCGUGGACUAUGGACAAGCGGUGAGCGUGCAGUCUGGCGGGGAUUUCAAGGCGCGCUUCGAGGUCAUCGAGGAGCUGGGCAAAGGCCGCUUCGGCAUCGUGUACAAGGUGCAGGAGCGUGAUCAGCCGCAGCAACUCCUGGCCGCCAAGGUGAUCAAGUGCAUCAAAUCGCGCGAUCGCCAAAAGGUGCUCGAGGAGAUCUCCAUCAUGCGAUCGCUGCAGCAUCCCAAGCUCCUACAGCUGGCUGCCUCCUUCGAGAGUCCGCGGGAGAUUGUGAUGGUGAUGGAAUAUAUCACCGGUGGAGAGCUGUUCGAGCGUGUGGUGGCAGAUGAUUUCACACUCACGGAGCUGGACUGCAUUCUGUUCCUGCGACAGGUGUGCGAGGGCGUCGCCUACAUGCACAGUCAGAGCGUUGUUCACCUGGACCUGAAGCCGGAGAACAUCAUGUGCCAUACACGUACCAGCCACCAGAUCAAGAUCAUUGACUUUGGCCUGGCACAGCGACUGGACACGAAGGCACCCGUUCGGGUGCUCUUCGGAACUCCAGAAUUUAUACCGCCAGAGAUCAUUAGCUACGAGCCCAUCGACUUCAAGUCGGACAUGUGGAGCGUAGGCGUCAUUUGCUAUGUGCUGCUCUCUGGUCUUUCCCCCUUCAUGGGCGACACCGAUGUGGAAACCUUUUCGAAUAUUACAAGAGCGGACUACGACUACGAUGACGAGGCCUUUGACUGCGUUUCGCAGGAGGCCAAGGACUUCAUCUCCCAGCUGCUGGUGCACCGCAAGGAGGAGCGCCUGACUGCCAAGCAGUGCCUGGAGUCCAAGUGGCUGUGCCAGCGCCACGAUGACAAUCUCAGCAACAACAAGAUCUGCACGGACAAACUCAAGAAGUUCAUCAUUCGACGCAAGUGGCAGAAAACUGGAAAUGCUAUUCGCGCCCUGGGACGCAUGGCCACGUUAUCGGCCUCGCGAAGGAAUUCAGCCAUCGCAAUGGGAGCCCUGAACAGUCCGCGACCCUCAAUCUCUGGCCUGGGUAUGCUGAAUGCCGCCAGCGCCCUGGUCAGCACUGUGAACACGCAAAUGACAUCUCUGCACGAGGAGGAGGAUGACUUCAGUGUUGAAAUGCCGCACGUGGACAAGCGGUAUGCCCACGGAGCCCUUAAGCUGCGCGACAAGUCGCAGUGCAGCGAGCGCAGCGACUCCGGCUACAGCGAGUGCUCCAACUGCAGCCUAGGGGCAGCCGGCGUCGUGGCCCAGGAGACGCUGCUCCUGUCACUGGCCAAGUCCAAGCUGGAGCAGAUUGCCAAGGCGAGCAGCGGUCCUCUGCCAGUGGUCCUGGACUGUCCUGAGAGUCCUAUCACCCUGGAGCUGCCACCCAAAGGCGAGGCCAUAAUGCGCUCCGACUUCACCAACACUAUAAAGAUGCGGAAAAAGUCGCUGGAGGACAGUGCCAUGCGCGAGAAGCCGAAGCUGCAUGCCAAGCCCCUGUGCGAGUCCUCCAAGCUGAAGGUGUCCCAGUUGAAGGACAAAUUCCAGCAGACCAAAAUCGCUUCCGCUGCUGCUAACAACCCCAAGCUUGCCCUAGAGCCCAACAAGAUUACCAAGGUCGCCAGCGUGGGGCGCAUCCCUCGAACAGAAGAGACAGGGAAAGCCGCAAGCAGUAACAGCAGCUCUACUAAAGCUAAAUCCGCUCAAACCCGAUCCAUGCCUAGUUCACCGCUGCCUCAGCGUGCCGCCACACCGACGCGGCUGAUGAGCCAACGUGUCCGUGAGGCGACCGAGCGUCUUUCCCAACAGCACACUGUGGCCAGCGCUCAACGGCACAACAGCAAUGGCAAUGGCAAUGGGAUCACUAACGGCAAUAGCAACAGCAAUGGCAACGGUAAUGGAAACGUCCCAGAGAGCAGCCGAGAGUCACGUGCGCGAAGUCUCAUCAAUAGAUUCAACGAAACGAAACAUAUCACGUCCUAGAUUUAUGUCGCAUAAACGCCGACGAACAUAACUUUAUUAUUGCAGAAAUAAUUUGUUCAGACAAAACCCAGCAGAAAAUCUACGAACACUCGAAUAUAAAUAUGAAUAUGAAUAUGAAUGCGAAUGCAAUUGCGAUUGCGAUAGCGAACACGGGGUUAGAACACCAUCGCCCUCACCUCACACCCCAGCCACAGACACAGCCACACCAUAAACACAUUAUAAUCCACAUCCACAUCUCUGAUCAGAUCAGGCACUCCCCCUAAACGGGGGUAGGCACUGUACUUAGGCUAGAGGAAGCUAAAUAUUUAAAUUAUUGUAUCGAUUUAUAUACAUACUUAUUUACCAUACUAAUUAAAGUUACUGUAACGAAGA